CAUACGUGUAUAGUAUGCUAAAUUGGAGACACUAGCACCCGCAGCUAGUAUUGGUCUCUGAUAUGUGAGUGAAGAGGAUUGUGUAGUGGAUGUUCAUGCCAGGAGUAAGUCUGACAGCUUCGAGGCUUCGCACGAUAACAUUACAAUCGGCCUGUUGGUUCAUAAACCAAAAAAAAACUCAACCUACCUGUAUUCCCCUCUAAUGGGCACAGCUGAUCCAACCAUCCCGUCCGAUUGAUCGUAUAUACCCCGGAGAAAUUAACCAAAUCCUUGUUUUACGUAGAUCGAUCCCCGAGACUCUACAUGCGUCAGUAUAUGACGCUUGUGCAUUGUCUUCCGCUUCUUACUGGAUGGAUAGCGGGACGAGAGCCUGGGCUAUUGAAUCCGUGGAUACUAAAAAGUUAAAGAUUCCGUUGUUUAUACUAGGAGGGAAUCUUCAACACGGAACUCGCCUCGAUCUUAUCCACGUAAAGGCAACAUGUCUAGUGGGUGUUGACUACAGUAGGGUCAAAAUGGCGGGCGUCAAAGAUUACCCUGA